GUCCACCAAUAAUAAUAUUAUUUGCUUUCAAUUUUUAUAAUAUCUCUCCCUUUUUCAUAUUACCCACAUUUCUCCCCUUAAUAAACAAUUCAUAAAAAAUGUACCAAAUUUUUAUAUUUAAUUAUGAUUUAAUACAAUUACGAUUCUACAUGAUUUAUUCUUAAUAAUAAUAUUUAUGCCCAAAAAAAAUUGACACUAUUUUAAGACGAAGGAAGUAUUAUUUAAUAUUUUCAACCACGAAACGGCCACUUAAUUUACAAAGCUUGUACAUCACGAGAUUAUCCCCUCAAAAAAACUUAAAACCCUCCCCCCAAAACCCUCAUCCAUCUCCAUUCGCACUCCCCUUCCAUUUCCAAACACCACUCCCAGAAAAAAAAAAAAAAAACUCCAACAGACAACAAUGGCGUUUCCACACCAACUUUCUCUCUCUUCAUCACUCAUCUCCUUCAAACUUCCCCUCAUAUCACUCACCUUCAAACCUCGAAAACAACUCACAUUCAACGCCUUACCUUCCUCUUAUUCUUCUUCAGAGGAAGCCAUGCUCGAAGCCGUGGCUCAAUCUCAAGGAAACUUACUCCCUUGUGUUCGCUCAUACGAAAACGACAUGGCUCGGCUUUCUCUCACCGGCUCAGUCGGUUUCGAACAAGCCUUAACUGCCGCUGCUUCCGAUGGCGGAGAAGCCGCCGCCGAACAUAUUGAUGCUGGUUUGUCGACGAUGGUUGUUGAAGCGCUUUUUCCUGGUCCUGAUGAUGAGCAUUGCACUGUUUCUACUAGGCUGUUUCUCCCAGCUAAGAAGGUGAAAGAGAAAGCGAGGAAGCUAAGAAGUUCUCUCCCUGACGAUCUUCUCUCUAGCACAAAUUCCAGGAAUAUCUUGGCAAUGACAUUUAGACAAGUUGUAGUGCAGGAGCUUUGGAACUUUGAAUUGGCAAUGUUUCGACCUGGAUCACAAAGAAAUAUGGAGGAUCUUGGAAGCCCAAGAGAGGUCACUGCUUCUUUUGUUCUCAGCUCGUCAGAUGAGAAGGUCAUUUCUGGACUUGCAGAAGCACUUUGCAAUUUAGCUCUUGAAAGCACUCAAAAGGAAUUUUUUCAUGGAUCAGCAGGGAAAGCAUCAGGUAGUCUCUUUGAUUGGUUUCCAAAGGCUAAGAAGUCUUCAUCAAAAGAUUCGUCGGUGAUAAUACAUAGGUUUGAGGAUGAAAUUGUCGAAAAUGCCAAAAGUCUUGUUGAAAAAUUCAAUUUGGUGAGGAAAAAAUACAAGAUGACAAACAAGAAGGCAACAAAAUCUGCGUGGACAUCAUUGAUGCAGUCGAAAUUGGAAAAGAUUGGUGGAUCCGAGUUUAGUUUGUGGACAAUGGAGUAUGUACCUGCUUAUAGGCUACAGAUUGAUGCUGAUAGACUCGCUAGUCUAAAGUUUGAAGGCUGGAAAAGGGCUGAGGGAAAUAACUGGGAAGUAUUCCUGACCCAUUCCCAAAUGGUUGGAUUGGCCAAUAUUCUAGAUGUAUAUUUCGAAGAUGUUCACACACUUGCCAGUAAACAGAAGCUAUCAUGUGAUGUAGUCAGAACCCCAAAAAAAUUGUCAAAGAAUAAGAGAGGUUUUUCUCUGCUUGGGUUUGUAAAAACGACUCUAGUCACUGCAACAAUUCUGGUUUCUGUGGGAGUGCUGGUCAAGCUGUUUCUGCCACAUCUAAACAUUGCAAGGAGGAGGUAUCCUGGACAAAGUCACGUGCUUCCAUCUUCAGAAAAUGGUUAUGAACAGCCUUUGAAAUUAGAGACAUCUGAGUUGGAUGCUUAUUGCUCCACAAUUGUUAAAAAGAUCAAGGAUUAUUAUGGUUGGAAUGAAGAUGUAAAAUUUGAACCAAAUGUUGGAGCAUGGAUCGGGGAACUUCCUGUCUAUUUGAGGCAUGGUUAUGAGGCUGAUCUCAGUGCUCAAGAUAUUGCUGCUAGCCCUGAUGUGUUUGAGAUCAAUAAGGAAGAACUGGAAUCCUCUGCCCAGGAAGUUGCUAGUUAUCAGGUUGUUUUGUCGACCGAGGGUAAAAUUGUUGGCUUCCAGCCUACGAGUCUUGUGGCAGUGAAUCACUGGUCUGCCAAUCCCUUAGCCAAGGAGCUGUAUGGUGGCAAGGAGCUCUCCCCUGGGCUUCUGGAACCUCGGCUGAAGAUCGAAAAACCCGAGAAAAUAAUCAUUCUUGAGUUAUUGAUGUCACUUAAUCAAAAUAAUCAUUUUGCAUUGGCCAGACAAACGCAGUGACUAAUCUAGUUCUGACCCUAGCAUGAGUUACAUUACAGAAGGAAAUUUUAUAACGAUUACAAUUGCCAAUACAGUUGGAUGGAGAACAAAGAUGGCAAUAACCUUCUUGCCCUCACCUCACCAUUCUCUCUCUCUCCUCUUUGAGCUUUGGCAUUGUCUGAAGCUGCCAUUAAGUUCCAGUAGAUUGACUCUUCCUUGUCUUCAUCCAAGAGAAGGAAAAGUUGUGGUGUUGAGGACUCUGCCUCCUCUUCUUUGAAGAGAAACCGUGCUUAGUUCGGUUUGUUGUGCUUGUGCUUAAUGUUUAAAUGUCCAUGGACUUUUGAAAUACAAAGGGUUGUGAUAGGAAAAAUGCUUUAGCUGAAGUUAAGAAUUUUUGUAAUGUAAAUAAUAUCUCGCUCUUCAUGUUAUGUGAAACUAAAACUGUGAAAUGUCCCUCUUAUGCUCGUUUAAGAGCUUUAAGUUUCAAGUUUUUUUUGAAUCUAUCCCCACCCAGGGCAUGUCCGAUGGUUUAUGGCUUUUGCGGAAGGAUGACCAUAUUAAGCCUUUCUCUCUUCUAUUGUAUUUAAAUCAGCUCGGUUUGUGGCUUUGUAAUAUAGUGCCCGAUUUACUCUUUA